AGCGGGCAGCAGGGCGGACAUGGGCCGGCCACGGGGCGCCGGGCCCCUCUGGGCGCUGGGCGCCACCGCCCUGGGGGCGAGCCUCGCGGGGGUCGCCGGGCAGCUGGUGGAGCCCAGCACAGCGCCACCAAAGCCCAAGCCACCCCCGCUGACCAAGGAGACAGUGGUAUUCUGGGACAUGCGUCUGUGGCACGUGGUGGGCAUCUUCUCGCUCUUCGUGUUGUCCAUCAUAAUCACUCUGUGCUGUGUCUUCAACUGCCGUGUGCCACGGACCCGUAAGGAGAUUGAAGCUCGGUAUCUGCAGCGAAAGGCAGCCAAGAUGUACACAGACAAGCUAGAGACGGUACCACCCCUCAACGAACUGACAGAGAUCCCCGGAGAGGACAAGAAGAAGAAGAAGAAAAAGGACAGUGUGGACACAGUGGCCAUCAAGGUGGAGGAGGAUGAGAAAAAUGAGGCCAAGAAGAAGAAAGGAGAGAAGUGAGGAGAGCUUCCUGGAGGCAGCAGCAGACUGGCAGGCCCUGGACACAUCCUGACUACAGUCCAGGCACCUUUGGUUCCAAGCUGGACCCUGGGUCACAGAGGUGGUGCUACACCAUCUUCCUGCUCCGAGGGGGGAUGAGGCCCAUGGUCAUGUCAGAGACAAGAUUGCUGCAUCCCGUGUCCUGCCUCCCAGCCUAGAUGCCCCUCUUUUCCCCUGUCCUCGUGACUACCCAGCAAGGCUGGCCUCCGGCCGCUGUCCCUCUGUGGCCCGCAAGCAUCCCCAUGCCCACCCAGACCUGCCUCUGCCCCACCUUUCUUCGAGGAAUGGCCUUAGCUCUAGAGGGGACCAGGGCGAGGCUCGU